CUCUUGGUGGAGGCCUGGCAUGCAACCCGGCAUGCACCCCGUGGAGCCGUGCCUAGAAGGGUGCUUCACUCGCUGCAGCUUGGGGCUCGUACUUGUACGCAACCCGAACGACAUGCACCUCGCCUUCCACAGCCAACAGCUACAUAUCGCUGACGUCCGCGUCAGUCCGCUUGUGCAAGCAGCGGAAGGCGGCCCCAGGUACGCGAGCAGCGAAGCCACCGGCACGGUCAACAGCUACGGCUGGGGGGGCACCUACGACACCUACAGCGGCACCUCACACGAUGACCGCGAUGGGGGAUUAUAUGAGGAGGAAGAUGAGGCUUCUGAGGGUGGGCUCAACAUGCGCGGCAUGUAUGGGGACAACGAGAGCAUGGAGAUGCCCGAGGGCGUUGACGUGCAGCCGGUAGUGGACGCCAUGCAGGAAACGUUCCCUGGUAGGCAGGCCGUCGUUACGCUGAUUCGUAGCAACAUAGACCUACCCGCCUCUGAAGCAGCACACCUGGCGGCGGCUGCGCCUGCGCCGCGCGACAGGGCCAUGGCCGUCGAGGGCGGUGAAUGCCCUCCUGAUGACGAGCACAACUGCGUCCGCAUUUCCUUCGCCAUGCUGCACGACGGGACCAUGGCGAACGAGAUCGAGCUCUGCCACACGCUGGCGCAGUGGCCCUACCUCACGGAGAUGUCGCUUGUGUCGUCAAUCAUCUCCAUCUUCUUGCCCAACUGGGGUCGCCCUGCAGCUGGGCCAGAAGCAGCGCUGCGACUUGCGGCAACGCCAUGGUUUUACUUCAACCUAGUGCUGCGCGAGAGCCAGCUGUACGUUCCCGUCCUUGCGCCGCAUCUGCGCAUUCUAAAGUACGGAUGGCGGGCUUCGGACGGCAUGGACGUGUCGCUGUCAGCAGAGAAGCUCCAGGAACUGUUUGCCAGCAUGGCAGCAGCAUCUCCGUCAGUGGACCGGGGCAUGGCCAUGGCCGCUGGGCCGCCUCAGCGGCAAGGCUCUGUCGGUCUGGGUUUGGGUCCCAUUCCGGAACGCCAACGCCAAGCCGGCCAGCGGCUGGGCUCCGUACCCCGAGGCCCACGCAUGAUGCAACGGGGCUCAGGUGCGGUGGCGUCGCCACUGGACCAGCCAGUGCUGUCGAGCAACUGGACCAGCCUCUCCAUGCGGCGGCUAACGGAGCUGGCUGGCGAUGAGGAGCCACUACGGCUGGAGGAAAUGGGUGUGGUCCUGACGGUGUCCGCGUUAAGGGUUGGCCACUUUUCCGGAGGCGACGGUGAGAGCAUACUGAAGAUAGAUCUGCGUAAUGCUGCGGGCUUCGUCCGGCACAGCACCGCCCAGGUGACCAACUGGCUGCUUCCUAUUAAGAGCAUGGCAAUGGAGUACCGGUCCGCCGUGCCGCUGGUCGAAGAGUCCAAGCUGCUGCAAAAGUACAUCAAGGUCGCUCGCUUAAUGAUAUUCCAGCUGAGGACGCGCAUCAA